AAGUUAUUUUUAGUUAUUUUAUUUAUAGAUACGAAUUUAUUGAAGUAUCUGCAAAAAAAUCAGCUACAAGCAUUUUGUAUAUUUUGUGUAAAAAUUUUUUUACAAUAUUCUUUUGAUUAUUGUUGAUUGAAUAAUAGUGGCAGUGCUAGUUGUUGUUAGUGUUCAAUAAAAAAAUUAGGAAAUUGCCAUUAUAACAAUGAAUUGUAGGCCACGUGUUAUUCCUGUUGCUCAAGCACCGCCGUCAGUUGUAUAUGUCCCUGCACAAAAUAAUUGCCCCUAUCCCAUCGGACCUCCAAGUGGACAUCCCGCAAUGCCACCUUUGCCGUUGUUAACAACUCGACUACAUCACGAUCACACCAGAGCUAGGUCUGUACCAGAAUUAUGUGAAAACAGUGCUACAUCGCACGUAUUGUCUUACGAUAGAAGAAGGUCAGGAAGACCACACUCUAGGUCUAAUGUUUCUUUGGACCGUAACUCACAUAUAAGAUAUACUCCCACGCCAAUAUCAAUGCCUUUUCCUGAGACAAUUUUAGAUCGCAGAGUCGAAUAUCCUGAACAUAGAAAUUAUCCACCUGAACCACCUCCAAGAACAAGCUCGCAACUACCAUCGGACACUCAACUUUAUCCACCUGAACCACCUCGAAGAACAGCCUCGCAACUACGAUCAGACACUCAACUUUAUCCACCUGAAGCACCUCCAAGAACAACCUCGCAACUACCAUCAGACGCUCAGCUUCAAGUAGACGAUCGCCAUUUUAUGAGAUCUAUGACAUUACCGUCGAAUUAUAGAACUAGAACUGCACCUUCCGCACCUUUGGCGGCUGAAGAAGAUUUUAGACUGGCUGAUGGAAAUAUCAACCACGAAUUACCACCCCCCUCCUAUGAUGACGUAAUGCGGGAAAUUAGACACGAACGAGCUAGAUCAAUGAUAAGCCGACGUUAACUUUUUAUUUGAAAAACUUAAAGCAUACAAUGCACAAAUACUGGAAUACCUACAUGUUGUAUAUUAAUUGAAAUAUCCCAAAAAACAUUGCUCCUUUUUUAUUUUUUUAAGAUUAAUUCAAAUUUGACAUAUGAUUGUUUUUUAAUUAAUUUAUUUUUUUAUAAAAGAAAAUAAAAUAUAUAAACUACCUCAAGCAUUUUUUAGCUAAUCUAAAAUAACUUUGGAAGAAAUAUUGC